CGAGCGUGUAUUCGGUUGUUCCUGCGUCUGUGAUCAGUUUUGGCUUAGUAGCAGUGAUAAGACUUUUAAGCGAAAGGAACUCCAAGCCCUUGUCCAUUCACACAAGAAAUACGAGACAAAUAUGCAGUCUGUAACCUGUCUAAUUAGGUACAAGGGGACGAUGCUCGGGCAGCCCUUUUCGAGAUCUAUAAUUCUGGUGCUGACGUUAGCAGUGUGCAUUUUUCUUGCUGUUCGCUCUACGCAUUUGGAUAAUGCCGUCAUCGGAGUUAUACAAAGUAACGGUAGAAAUGAGCAGCGCCCCGAUGCCCUCGGUCUCCGGAAGGCGUCGCCCUCCCUCAGGAGACAGGCGGAAAUAAACAAGAUCGACAAGAUGAUGGGUAUACCUAUUCUGAUGAUGAUAUACACAUAUGAUGCCACGGUCAUCCAAAGGUCCAUUGAGAGUGUGUUGGAUGUGACAUCUGGCAGCCGCAUGCACCUUGUUGUUUCAAUACGUGAUCCAAGUGCAGAAAUUCUAAGCCUACUUCGGGAGUACCCUGUCACUCUCCAUACCACCAGAUCGUCGUCCGGUCUUUUUCACCCUAGCAUCAGUAGAAGUUCCAUAUUACAAAGUGUUAAGUACAUCUUUGGAAUUCACCACGCUAAUCAUAUGUGUGUGAGAGACACCAUCAGCCCAGAAAAUAAGUUUUUACAUACUACACGUAAUUUUACGGAGAUCACGACUAACCGACUAGAUCUGCAGGACAUGUAUAAGUAUCGUGAAGUUCCUUUUAUGGAAAACCCCUAUAGUCCAACAUUUCGUAAAGCAGUCCUUAACGACCAACGUGAACAUCUUCAGACAUCAGGCAUUUAUAACUCUCGAAAGAAAAUUGAAAAUGUGGCCGACGAGUUAUGGGUGGCGGGGAAGAGAGAUAAGGGCACUGCGACGUGUGAUAAAUGCAGUGAAUUAAAGGAAGCAUUCGCAUAUGUGCUCGAUUCUUUCCCAUCAGCUCAGCAUAUGUUUCUACUGGCAGAUGGCUACAUGCUUUCACCGGAUUUUGUUAGCUACUUCAGUCAGACAAUAGAGGUUCUACGGGAAGAUCCAACUCUGUAUUGCGUCUCGGCCUACAGUCCCUUAGCCUCCAUUGCGACUUCCGGGGACGCAAAGAAAGUUUACCGCGUGGACCAGUUCCUGGGGAAAGGAUCUCUUAUAGAAAGAAGCCUCGCCGAGGAGAUCCUGAAGGACUUCAUCAUAUUUGAGAGAACACUUCAAACUCAGGACAAGAAGACGCCUCUUGACCAUCUUGAAACGUGGUUAUCCUGGUGGAGCAGACGCAGAAGAAGAGGCUGCGUGGUGCCUGACGUGCCGCGAGCGUGCACCUUGGCCCCGCAUCCGCCGAGAGCCGACGGAGAUGGCGCGUCUGGACCGGCCCAGAGGACAGCUUGCUCCUUAGGGGAAGACGUUAGGCUUGUGAAUGUAUCAAGAUUACUGCAUUACAAAUAUGGCCAAGACCUAUUCGGGGCCAUCGCCGCUGCAGAACCAAUGGGGAACCGUACCGUCGACUGCAGGGAUCCGCUUUUCUUUUCCGACCGCAUGAAUGGAUCUUCUGUUGUUAUAUAUAUUAAGAUGGAGAACUACGACGAUGACUUCACCUUCCACCAUGUUAUGAAGUGUUUCGGCCUGGAUUUGCCCGCAGCGACCGGAUACUUCGAGGGCGUUUUUCGGUUUUCGUAUCGUGGUGCUCAUGUACUGGUCAUGGCCAUUCCAUACUCUCGUUUCUCCCCCGCCCUGAAGAACACGAAGGCACUGAUGAUGGCGGAGAUUCCUGGGCUGGCGUUGAAAGGAAGGACGCAGUAUUACCAACACCAACAAGCUAAUUUCACCUUCCAGAGGGUACCUGUGCGUCAAGUAGUUGAUUAAUCAAUCGCACACAUAGCCAGACGUUACUGUAGACAUGAGCACGUUUUGUUACUUUCCCUUGAUUUUUCAUUUGUUUCGCUAAUACAUAGAUUGCACUGGAUGAUUUCUUUCAGAUAAGACCUUAUUUCUGCAAGACGAUUCCAGCGGCGGCGGUCCUUACGCAAGCCCAAAGCCUUAAUAAACAUGCACAAGUCUACCUGAAUGCAAAAGACACAGGCAACAUUUAUAUGCUUUUUUGGGGGAAAUAACUCCUAUGAGAUGGG